AUGGCGUUGAGCGGGACAGGUAACAGACUGCAACGCAGUCAGAAGCGGAGGACUCGACGUAACGAUCAACUAUGCCUCAGGAUCAUGCUAUCGAAUGGCCGCUUCCCAGUAUCUUUGGACUUGGCCCGCCAGCUCUCGAAGGCCGGCCACAAGGUCUUUUGCGUCGAUCCUAUGAGAUACCACGUCUGCAAGUUUUCAGUCGCCACAACCCAAUGCAAGCAGGUUCCAGCGCCUCACUCCAACCCGCUUGACUACAUCGAAGCCGUCAAGUACUACGCUAUCAAAUGGGAGAUCGACAUGAUCCUGCCCAUACACGAGGAGAUCUUCUUCCUCGCCGGGAGCGGAGAACCAGAAAUACUGACGAGGUUAUUCGCGCCCAGCUUCGAAAUGCUGGUUCGACUCCACCACAAGUUCGAAUUCUCCAAAAUGAUGAGAGCCGCUGGGCUCGGAGUUCCCGAGGCAUAUCUGUGCACGAGCACCAACGAUGUUGCCAAUCUACCUCUCCACAAGUAUGCUCAUGGAAUGGCACUGAAGCCAUGCUUCGGCCGAGCAUCUACUGGGCUGCAUCAUCUCAAGCUUGAUGAGCCUAUGCCAGAUGAUUUGAUUAUUGACGAGCAUCAUCAGUACGUGGCUCAAGAAUGGCUCGUCGGCCAGCGAUAUUGUAGCUACAGCGUGGUCCGUAAUGGUCAAGUCGAGGCAACCGGGCUCUAUCCUGUUCUCGAGACCAUUGAUGGCCACAGUAGCGUUUAUUUCCAGCAGAAGUUCCACGCAGGCAUCUACGACUAUGUCCGAAGUUUCGUCUCCAAAAUCCCAGCUUUCAGUGGCCAGAUCGCUUUCGACUUCAUUGAGGACGCCGAUGGGAUAUGGGCCAUCGAAAGUAAUCCAAGAGCAGCAUCAGGCAUCCAUCUUUGGAGUGAUACCACACAUCUGGCUCGCGCGAUCACGGGCAGCUUACCGAAAGAAGAGAUCGAGCGUCCGAUACGGCCUCCAAGGAGAAUGCUCGGACACGAACCUCAUUUCCAGGUUGCUGCUGGGAUGCUCAUGUGGAAACAUGAGCGAGCAACGUUAAAAGUGUGGGCAAACCACAUGCGACGCCUGAUGUUCACGAGAGAUGUCAUCCUAAAGUGGCAAGACCCACUGCCAACUAUUGCUCAGCCGUUCUUACUGAGCAAUUAUUACCGUAUGUGCUGGCGAGAACACAUGCAGCUACCAGACUGGUUCCAGCAGCAACUUAUCUGGGAGCCACAAGAUUGGGAAUGGAAUGCGAUGCGAAUGAUGCUUGCCAAAUCUAGUGAUGAGGAAGAUGAGUAUUACGACUGCGUCGAUAGCCAGGAAGAACAUAGCGAAGUCUAG